AAUAAAAAAAAUAUUUUUGUUUACAAAAUUUUAAAUAAAUACAAAUUUAUUUGUGACCUGUUUGUUUAGGAUUGGCCAUGAGCAAUCGUGACUGUAUAAUGGGAUGUCGCCUAGAAAAAGGCCAAGCAAGACAUGGCUUUCCAAAGAAUCCCAAAAGGAGAGCAGAAUGGUGCCGAAUUUUGGGUAUCUAUCCAAGGACAAAGAAGAUAUGCAUAUGCAGUGCACAUUUUUCCAACUGUUAUUUCUUAGGCAACCGCUUAUCACAAUAUGCUGUACCAAAUCCUCCUGAAUCAAAACAAACUGAUCCCCAAAUUAUGGACUUCUCAAACUCCAUGUUCUACGGGAUACCGAAUAAUCAAAUAAACGAAGAUAGCUACACUUAUAGAAAACCUACGCCAAAGAAAAUGGCAUAUAGCACUACAGUAAAUGAACCAAUUAAAGUAUUUCCACAGCUAGUAAAAGAAGAGGAACCAAACUAUGAAGAAACUGAAAUAACUGAACCGGCAAUAUUUAACGAAAACGUAAUAGAAGAUCCCCUGCUAGACAGCGAGAAUUUUCCAUUUUCGUUGAAGGAUGAAGAUGAGGCGACAUCCCAAGAAUCGGAGGGUAAAGUGGAAGAUUUUGAAAUACGUAAGGGUAGUAAUAAUGACAUGAUAAUUAAAGGGCGUUACGUUCAAACCAAAGAUUAUUUAGUGGUCACAUAUACACCACCCCGCAAGUGGACUUUGCAACAGCAAGUUCAAAUGUUGGAUAGAACAUGUGAACAGCAAUUAAGACAAAUUAGACAACUCAAUAGAGAUAAGUAUCGCUUACAGAAUGAGUUGAAAAAACAUGAAAUGCUAUUGCCUCAAUUAAGAAAAAUGCAGCAGAAAAAUCGUUAUUUUUACUAUCAACUAAAAAUGUAUAAGCAGAAGGAGGCUCUGCUAAAGAAGCGUAGAAAGGAAAGAAGACUGAAAACCGUAACGGUUAAAGAGCAAGAUGAUAAUGUUAUUGAUUCAGAAUUUGGCUCAGAUAAUUAAUAUUUAUUGUAAUAAGUCUGUUCCCGUACUUUUCAAAACUUAAUAAAAUAAAAUUCUGAAUAUAAUUUGUUAAUCCAGCAAGUAUGGGAACAAUGAUUGAAAUAUAUACAUAUUUAAUUUAAUGUUUUGUAAAUCAUAUAGAAAUCUUAAAGUUUAAAAUAAAAGAAAUAAGAGGUCUUAAUUCGGCUGUGUCGGCUCCUAUAUAAUAA